AUGGAGGAGCACUCUGCUGCUACUGGCGCCGCUGCCGACAAUGUUAGUGCGGCAGUUGCGCCACAAGAUACCCCAGCCGAAUUGGCCAAUGCAUCCGGUAGGUUUUGCCUCCACUUCACCCCUGAGAAGACACCAGAUUCGCCAACUGUUGCAACCACAGGGUCGCAAUCACGCAGUGGAUCUUUUGUGAAGGAAAGCGAAGAUGUUUCGGGCACUGAUAAUCCACUAGAUGCACCUGCCUCUCCCAAGCCACAGAACGAGUGUGAGCCUGAAGAUGAAGAGAUGGGCGGCACCGAGACAGAGACGAAGAAGGAGACCGAUGGAGGCGAUGGAACCGGCGACGCGAGUGCUCAGCCGUCUGCUGAGGGUGCCUCUGAAGAACAAACGGUGCAGGCAAAGUCAUCGCUCGAAGCUUCGGCACGCUCACAUCUCGUCUCCCAAACACACGCCAUCAUCCUUCCCAGCUAUUCGACAUGGUUCGACAUGCAUACAAUUCACCCGAUAGAGAAGAAGGCGUUAGCGGAGUUCUUUAACGGUCGUAACCGGAGUAAGACGCCGGCGGUCUACAAAGACUAUCGUGAUUUCAUGAUCAACACGUAUCGAUUGAACCCCAUCGAGUAUCUCACAGUUACUGCUUGCCGUCGCAACUUGGCAGGAGAUGUAUGCGCCAUCAUGCGAGUUCACUCAUUCCUCGAGCAAUGGGGCUUGAUCAACUAUCAGGUUGACCCUCAAACACGGCCAUCGAACAUCGGUCCUCCCUUCACUGGACAUUUCCGCGUGAUCGCAGAUACACCGCGAGGUCUGCAGCCUUUCCAGCCUGGUCCUCAGCACGUCGUCAAACCCGGAAAGCCCCACCCUGCCACUGACCGGGCUGCCUCCGCCACUCCCGCAUCCAAAGCCGAUCUCAAUCUUGAAAUUCGCCGCAACGUUUACGAUGAUAAGGGCAAGGAAAUUACACCAGCUGCUGAAGAUAAGGAAAAGCAGAUCAACGGGGAGGGCUCAGCCGCCAACGGUACAGCUGCGGACACCUCCAAGGCUUUGGAAAGCGCGGUCCGAGAGCCUAGGAAGAAGUUCCAUUGCUUCUCUUGUGGCAUCGACUGCACUCGACUCAGAUUCCAUUACGCCAAGUCAGCGCCAACAACUACGAAUGCGAAUGCGCCAGACUCCAAGUACGAUCUUUGCCCGAACUGUUUCUUACAAGGCAGAAUGCCUGCUAGUCACAACGCCUCGGACUUUGUCAAGCUUGAAGACAGCGCAUACACAAUUGCUCCGGAUAAGGAUGCUCCUUGGUCCGAUUCGGAGCUGAUACUGCUUCUUGAAGGCUUAGAGAAUUUCGACGACAACUGGGAGCAGAUUGCCAAUCAUGUCGGCACAAGAACCAAAGAAGAAUGUGUGGUGAAGUUCUUGCAACUUGAGAUUGAGGAUAAAUAUAUCGAAGACGUGCCAGAUAUGCGCGCGGUGAAUGGACGAGAUCCCAUCAACCAUGUUGAGAACCCAGUCUUGUCCGUGGUUGCUUUCCUGGCGCAAAUGGCAGAGCCAGCUGUGGCCGCUGCUGCAGCUGGACGUUCCGUGGAAGAAAUUCGCAAAGAACUAAGGAAGCAGCUGGACAAAGAUUCGGGCUCCGGCAAGCCGUCGGAUAAGGGCAAAGAAAAGGAGGGCGCAGGCGUCAAGAGCGAAGAUUCGAUGGACGUAGAUACCCUUCGCGAAGAGGCGUCUGUUGAAGUUGCAGAGUCCGGUGAAGUCGAGAAGCAGCCCAAGUCGUCUCUCGCAACGGUUGCGCUCGGAACCUCCGCAGCACGUGCUGCGGCCCUCGCCUCGCAUGAGGAACGGGAGAUGACUCGUCUCGUCUCUGCUGCUGUCAAUGUGACACUUCAGAAAUUCGAAAUUAAGCUGCAACAAUUCAACGAGAUGGAAGAGAUCAUCGAAGCUGAACGCCGGGAGUUGGAACUCGCUCGCCAGCAGCUCUUCCUCGACCGCAUGGCCUUCAAGCGGAGAGUCAAGGAAGUCCAAGACUCUCUCCAAGCUAUCAGCCUGAAGGGACCCACAGAGGAGACGGCUAACCUCAUUGGAGAUGCUGCCACAGCAGGCAUAGGCAAUCGCUACAACUUUCAACCAGCAGGUGGCGAUGCGAGGGACGGUGUACAGCCCCUGAGUGCAGAGGCGGGCGCUGACUACAGAACACUUGAGCUGUGA